AAGUCCAGUAUUUGUGUGUUAUGUGACGCGAAGAGGUUGUGCGGAUUAUGUGAUUGUUUUAUUUUAUGUGCUCGGUUAAUUCUGAUUAUUAAUUAUUUUUAAAUUAAUAAUACUUUUUGGCGAUUAAUAUGCGAAAUUUAUUGGCGAUCGUUUAAUUUCAACAAUUUUUCGCGUAAUUAAUUCGUAUAUUCGAUAUUUUAAUAGUGUCGUUAGCUUAUUAUGAAGUUGGAUGUUUCAUUUGUUUGUUGCUUUGGUCAGCGAAGCCGGAGACUUGAUCUAACCUGAGCCAAUGGAAUAUGAGAAGAACAAGUUUGGUCGCAGUGUUGAGCAGCUGCUGCUGAUGCUAUUGAUGCUUUUGAAAAAUUAUUGAAAAUCGAACAAGGCGCGAGCUGUUAUCACCGCUCUAUCCGUCACGCUAACGCUGUUUCUCUUCGUUUCCGCCUCACCGGCCCAUUAUGGAUGGAGUUAACGGUAUGAAAAAUCCGGCAUCUUCGUACACGAUUUGGUUAAUAACGACGGUUUGGCGUCGCAAGACCUCGCUGCUGGCCAUCCUGAUAGUGACGCUUCUGCUGCUGGUCUGCGUGCAGUACAACAUCACCAAAGAAAUAGUGGAGAUUUCGUUAUCGCGGCAAGAUUCGCAAGGCGCGAGCGGCGGUCAGUCGCUGCAGCAACAGUCGGACGCUGCCGGGUCUUUGGGCGAGAACGCGAACGGCGACGGUGGUGGCAUUUCGACGAAAAAUCGCGCUCGCAAUGUGCAGUUUGUCGGCGACGAGCGCGGCGACGUGUCUUCGGCGGUUCGCGAUAAUUUGGUGGACGUGGUCGGCCGCAAUAACCAAGCCGAUGGCGGUGCCCAAUUAGACGCAGACUUCAUACGCAAGCAGAGUAUCGACUUGAGCGCCGCUAGACGAGGUGCUAAGAUGCCGUACGUGCCGAAUCAUCGUAUCGUUCAUUUGGAUUUGAAAGGAGCUCCUCCGAAGAUCGGCUAUCUCGAAGCGUUCUUCGCCUUGGUGAAAAGCUUAGGAGCGACGGGCGUAUUACUCGAAUGGGAGGAUAUGUUCCCGUGGAAGGAUAAUCUGCACAAUUUAGCCGCUAAAAAUGCCUACAGUCGCGAAGGUGCCAAACAGAUUAUUACGGCGGCGCGUAAAAACGGUCUCGAAAUCAUUCCACUCAUACAGACCUUCGGUCAUCUCGAAUUCGCGCUCAAAAAUCAAGAUUUCGAGCAUCUACGCGAAGUGCCCGAGUCUCCGCAGGCGCUCUGUCCGUCGUUGAAUUCUUCCUUCGAGUUUAUACAAGAUAUGGUCGAACAGAUUAUGCAGAUUCAUCGAGACAUCAACUAUCUUCACAUCGGAUGCGACGAAGUAUUCCAUUUGGGUGAAUGUUCGAGGUGUCGCAAAAAAGCUCGAGACGACCUGUUUCUGGCGCACGUGUCUCAAGUAGCGCGCUACAUCAGAAAAAGACAUCCGUACGUUACGCCGAUCAUCUGGGACGAUAUGCUCAGGCAUUUACCAUCGACAACUCUAGAGUUUUACAAUAUCGGUAAACUAGUCGAACCUAUGGUCUGGGUGUACGCCGAAGACGUGUACAGAUUUGUACCGCAGACAGUGUGGGAGAAAUACCAAGCUGUGUUCCCAUUCGCUUGGACGGCGAGCGCUUUCAAAGGAGCUUUCGGCGAAACGUUCUACAUUCCGAAUAUUAAACGCCAUCUGGAUAACAACUUGAACUGGCUCAGUUUGAUGAGCGUCGAAGAACCACGUUUCCAAAAAGGAUUUCGCGGUAUCGCUAUCACCGGUUGGCAAAGAUACGACCACUUUGCUACGCUGUGCGAAAUGUUACCGGCGUCGAUUCCAUCUUUGGCGGUAAAUUUAGUAGCGACGAGUCACGGUUACGCGAAUAAUUCGCUGAAAGAGAUACUCUUCAAAGGAUUAAAAUGCGGAAUAACGAGCGGCAUGUCGAGUGAGAGUGGAGGCCGCAGCAGCUACCUCAAGGAUGGCGAUUCGCCGUCCGGCUCGUUCUUAAAUUUAGAUAACGAUCCGUUCCUUUGGGACCAAUUUUCCAGAUGUAUGUUCUCCGGUAGUCAAUUUUACCGGCUGCUGUAUCGUUGGCACGUGCUAGAAAAAGAAAUCAACGAAUUUUUGACUACGACCAAAUCGAAAAAAGGUUGGCUCACCGAUUACAACGUGAAUCGCAACUUCACCAGCGUGCUACGUAUCGACGAACUGAUGAUGGACGAAAGUCGCAUUUACCAUAACCUCAUCUCGUUGGUGCAGUCGGUGAACGACGCUCUACGCGACGUUUACGAUAAAUACACCAUCGCCGAAUGGAUCGAACAAAAAAUGUACCCCUCGGUCGUGCAAAUGGAGCGACUGCAAAAGGUAACCCAACGAUUGAAAACCAUCAAAAUUUGGCCUCGAAGACCCCUGCCACCGCUCAAAGAUCUGCAAAGGAUCGGCGUCACCGCUCUCGGCAAUUCCAGCUCUUCGAAUUCGUCGUAAAGGGCAAGGGCACGAGGCACCACUUUAAUAAUCUUACGAUACGCCACCGCGCCCCGCGCCUCCUCUAUUCUCGUGUUACGUUUGCUCUCGUUUUAAUUCCCUCCCCUCCUCCCCACCCCACCCCACCCCACCCCCACCCCCAUAAACUGGGCGAUCUCUGUAUUUUUAAUUUUAGAUGUGUUUUCCUUUCUCUAUUAUUCGUUUCCUUCUCUCCUAUAUGCGUGGGCUCUUUGCCCUAUCCUCCCGCCCCCCCAUUUUAGUAAGUUAUUUGUUUAUUUAUUCAUUUAUUUAUUUAUUUUUCAUCGUGUACCUCUAUGAGUUUGUUUAUUAUUCGUAAUACCUUUUUACGGUGAUGUGUAGCGUGUACCUGAGUGAUUGCCCGUUUGUUUGUGUUUUGUGUUAGUCGCCGAACGUUUCAUAUGUAUGUCCUGUCCUUUAUAAGUCUGUACGAAUGAUAACUUCAGAGUGAUCGAAAAUGGCGAAAAUAUUGCUUAAUGGACGAUUUCUCAAUCACGAAAUGUCCACCUGAACGUUAUAUUUUUGAUGACUUUUUGAUUUUUCCAAGACCUUUCUAUUUUCCACUAUACUCCCCAGAUCGUUCCCGAUAGAUGUACGAAUUUUUUUACAAAUCGAUUUCCCAGGAUUUUGAUUUAAAAAAAUUUAUAUUACUCAAGUAACAGAUCGAAUAAAUAUUACUACUACUACUACUACUAUAUUGAAAAUCUGAGAAGCUCGGCGUUAAUUUCCUAAUUGGAAAAUCAAGGUGUCUAAUAGUCCUUCAAAGUCCUGCCUUUUUUGCCAGAACUUUUUCUUGAUUAUGCAGAAAAUCGUGUUUUUGACAUUGUUCUUAAGAUCCUGUUUUUUGAAAAAAAAAAAAAAAAAAUGUUCAAGAGUCUCAUUUUUGUAAAAAAUUGACAAAAAAUCUCACUUUUUGGCAGAAUACCCAAUUGUCAAAUUGUUCUGAUCUGAUCCUCUUCAAAAUUGUGAAAGUUGCAUUUUUGUUUCCCAAAAACUGCUUUCAAGUUUCUGCUCUUUGCCAAAAAAAAUCCUAUUUUUUGAUCAAAUUGUAUUGAAAAGUCCUGUAUUUUGCCACAACUGUCAAAAAAUUGAUGUUCUUGCAAAAAUCGCCAAAAGAGGUUUCUUUUUUGGUCAAAAUGCCAGGAAGUCCUAUUUUAACCAAUAAGUUCAAAAAGUUCUAAUUUUUAUCAAAACUGUGCAAAAGUCCUAUUUAUUGCCAAAAUUUUCAAAGAAGUGUACUUCAAAAAUUUUUUUAACAGGUUCUGCAUUUGUCACAAUUGUAAAAAAAAGUAGUUUUUUGCUGAAAUAGGAAGUCCUAAUAAUUGUUUGCAAAAAUUUUGAACAAUUUUUUUUCAUUGCCAAAAUAUCCAAAAAGUAUUGUUUUUUACCUCAGAUGCCAGAAAGUCAUUUUCUGCCAAGUUGUCAAAAAGUUUUAAAUUUCGCCAAAAUUUUGAGGAUAAGUACAUAUUCUAGUUUGUUGUUUUUUUUUUUCAAAACUUCCAAAAGUGCUGUUUUUUGCCAGUUUUUCCAAAAUGGUCAUUUUAAAAAAAAAUCAAAAUCCCAGAAAGUCUCAUUUUUGCUGAAAUUUUUGAGGCAAAAUUUUUCGCAAAAACUCAUCCAACAGGUAUUUUAUUCUUGUGUCAGCUGUCCAAAAAGUCCAGUUUGUUGCUAAUUCUCCAUAAUUUUUUUUUUUUUGAAUUUAUUUUUUGUUGAAGUGUCAGAAAGCUCCAUUUUUGCCUAAUUUGUCAGUUGUACUAAUUUUUGCUGAAAUUCUUGAGACCUGUUACUUACUUUUUUUCCAUCUCUUCCCCAUAUUGAAACAUUUGGAAAAAUAUUCAGCCAGAAGUCCUGUUUUAGCAUGUUGUCUUAUUUGUUAGACACCUUGAAAAUACAAAUACCAUUUUUUUAUGGCAGCAUUGAAAUUGACCGCCCUAGUAUUUAAUGUGUAUAAAUUUUUGAUGCUUAAGUAGGAGAGAGGCUUCUGAUAGUGCACAAAUAGAUGAAGCAAAAACAGCGAACUGUUCUCGCUUUUCUACGAGUAUGCUAUUUUUCAAUUAUUCGUACGAAGAUCUUAUCAGUUUCAUGACUGUAGAUAAGAUAUUAUAGUCAUGUUGUAUGUAGAAGCGAGAUGUACCAAUAUGUACAUAUUUGCAAACUACAAAUCAUGAAUAAAGUACCUAGCAAAAAUUGCAACUUGAAUAUUUCACUAUUGUCGCAAUUUGAUUACUUUACCUUCUUUUUGAAAUAUUAAUAAUGGAUCAUUGUGUUGAUUACUUAAUUUUUGUUUCUAUGCAAAGUUUUGCGAUGACUUGAUGAUUGAACCAUUCAUUGGUUUGUGUGAUUCUUGAUAGGAGCCUCUUUCUUAUGGUAUUAGAUUAUAAUUUCUUAGUACAAGAUGGUUGAUUUGAUGAUUCAUUUUUUUGUUUUCCUUUCAGUUACCUUUAUAUUUUUUAAUUUUUAUUUAUACUUACUCACAUUUAUCAAGUUAUUUAUGUUUUGGACAAAUUGAGUCGUUCUCGUCCUACCGAUGUUGAAGUAUUAAUUUAUCUACUUAUUUUUUUUUUUUAAAUCCCAGUGGUAUUAUCUACGUGAUUUAUGUGUGUAAGUAGUGUUUGUUGGUUACAUGUAUUAUUUUCCUUGCAUUGUGUAAUGUCUCUUUAUACACAUUACACAUGUUUUUUUUUCUUUUCUAAAUGAGACUUUGGUAAGAGCCACCAUAACAGUACAGUAUUACUUUAGAGAUUAUAAUUGUUAGAGAUGAGUUAUUUUGUAUACAAAAGAUUAUAAAAUUUGAUACAAUUGCAGAAAUUUUGCAUAUAUGCGAAAUAGUUACCUACGUGUGUACAAAUAGGUGAGAGUGAAGGGUUCAAAAUACUUUGAUUUUUGGCUGUAUUAUGUAAUACAUGUGUACAGAAUUAUUAUAAUUGUGUAAAAUAUUGUAAUUUGGGUCAAGUGCAUAAUGCUUUUUUCAUGCAAUUCCAAUCAUUGGCUAGUAUUAUCCGGUUUAUGUACUUACUGUAUUCUCUGUUUCAAAUUUUGCCACAGUGCAGUGAGUAGGUAACGUUUCAUUUGAACAUUUUGAUGAUUGUUUGAACAAAAUAAUGUUAUGCUAUAUAUGAGCAAAGUUUUGGUUCACCUACAUAUUUACUUAUCUUUUUGUUGAUCGGCUCUAUAUUUAAAAGUCUUAUUACAAGAUGGUAGUGUGCUUAUGCAUAUGUUAUUGCGUGCAUUUUUUUUUACCGUGUAGUUCACGUGUUUAAGAUGUUUAAUUAUAGUAUAUUUUUUGAUUGUUUUUGUACAUUUUGUUUAUAUUCUGCCAUUAAAGUAUUUUUUCUUUCA